AUUAUUGGUCAAAGGUUAUUAUUAUAUUUUUUCAUCUAAUCUCACAAUUUGCCAUUCAAUUUACUGUUAGAAGGUAUUUCCUCGCGGUUGGUUUGGGUGAAGUCUGCAUUACGCGAUUUUUUAACGGUCAAAUUCGUUGAUUCAAUCUCUCUGCAAAACGUAUAACUGAAUAAAAGAAUAUUCCGGCAGUCGCUUUGCUGCACCAAUUCAAUAAUGGCCGCAGAUUCUGCUUCCGCAGACGGGAAACAGAAAUGGGGAGUUUCGGCAUCUGAUGUUGUUUACCACUUCGGUACCAGCGGAAUUUCUGUUGCAGCGGCAACUGGGAUUACUCAUCCUUUAGAUGUUCUCAAAGUUAGGCUGCAAAUGCAACUUGUUGGCCAAAGAGGUCCACUCAUUGGGAUGGGUAAGCUUUCUGCUCAAGUAGUCAAAAGUGAAGGUCUCAGGUCCUUGUAUCUGGGUUUGACACCUGCAUUAACAAGGUCAGUUCUUUAUGGAGGUCUCCGUUUAGGUUUAUAUGAACCAACAAAAUAUGUCUGUGAAUUGGCUUUUGAGUCCACCAAUAUCUUGGUGAAGAUCGCAUCUGGAGCAUUCUCUGGAUCUGUUGCAACUGCACUGACCAAUCCAGUAGAAGUUUUGAAGGUACGGAUUCAAAUGAAUGCCAGAACAACUAGGGGACCGGUGCAGGAAUUGCAGAAAAUCGCUUCAGAAGAGGGAAUAACAGCUCUUUGGAAGGGGGUUAGACCUGCAAUGGCCAGGGCUGCUACAUUGACUGCAUCCCAGUUGGCAACGUACGAUGAAUCCAAGCGGGUUUUGACAAGAUGGACCUCUCUUGAAGAAGGAUUUUAUCUGCAUCUCGUCUCGAGUACCAUAUCAGGCUCGGUGAGCACGAUGGUGACUGCACCUAUGGACAUGGUUAAAACACGACUUAUGUUGCAGCAAGAAUCUAAAACAGUUGGAAGCUAUAAAAAUGGACUCCACUGUGCAUCCCAGGUUCUGCAAACAGAAGGUCUUCAGGGUCUCUACAAAGGUGGCUUUGCAAUCUUCGCAAGAUUGGCUCCACAAACUACAAUUACCUUCAUACUCUGCGAGAAGCUGCGUGAACUUGCAGGUCUUAAAGCGAUCUAGUCCAUAUAAUUGCCUUGUCUCUACCAUUCGUUUCCAGUAUUUAUACUCUCUUAGAAUUCUUUGCCCGUGGACACGACAAACCAUCAAGAUCCCGCAUUUGUUUUUUGACAAAAAUGUUAUAUGAAGUUCAUGUGUUGUCUCUUUGGAUAUCGGGGGAAUCCAGAAUCUCGUUGCACGACAUUUUUUUUCUCACUAUUGUCAUUCCAUGUAUUACUACUACUUGUAACAGGACGAUGAUUGAUCUAUUUGUUGCUAUAAUAAAUUUGUUAUACUUUUCCAGCUUCCUA